AUGGCGCGUCCUGGCAUCUUGCCGCCGGGGGUGGAUGCUGCGAUGGCCAAACUGAAAAAACAGCGCGAGCGCGUUGCGAUGCACGGCGCCGAGGAUACGGACGAGGCCGAGGACGUGGUAGGGGAUGCGAGGAUUAUGUCACGUACUCCUGUUCAUGUGCUGCAAGUUGUGCCUUGCGUACCUGUAUUGCAUCUCGAGAUCGCGCUCACGUUUUACACCAAAGUACUGGGUUUUGUGCGCCGCGGCGCAAAGCACGAUACGAAAUGCGCGCGCGUGUACCGCGGCACGCAGAAGCCUACGAGUGUGCGUGGAGUAUAUAAGCCUACGAGCGAGCUUGCGGGUGUGCACUUGGAUUUGCGUGUACUGCCGACGCCGCACCCCACGCAGCUCGUCGUGUAUGUGAACAAUGUGGACGCCAUGUUCCUCGAGGCAGCGGAGAAGCUGUACCUGUGCAGUAUGGUGAUGAACGGCUACUUUCCGCUUGAAAAUUUCGGCGCGGCACGGAUCGCGAGCAGGCCGCAGAAUACGUUGCGGGGAACGCGCGAGUUUACUGUGGUCGAUCCCGAUGAAAAUGUGCUUGUAUUUGUGAGCGGUGUGUAG